UUAUGUUUCAAACGCAGUCUAUUUAAAUCUAUCAAUGAAUUUAAAAAGGCGCUCAAGUAGUGGCGCCUGUGUUUAUAUGUUUACAUAUAAUAUGCGUACGCACAGGCUUCUGUUCAUCUUAUUUUUUUCGAUAGUUGUCUAGUUUCCUUAUUUUUCUGUUACACACAAUCAAGUGUACGGGCAAACAUGUUUUACGAAAGAGUAUGCAUCGAAAAUGGAUAAUGUCAACAGUCGAAAACCAUCAAAGUGAUCUUUUCAAUAUUAAGAAGAAAAAAAAACGUGUAGUCUAUUUAACUAAUCAGUGUAAAGUUUUGUGGGAAAUUUAAAUGUUUGAAUGUACGUUAACCAGUGGGUGAUAAUUUGUUGUACAGUUUACGUCGCAUGUAGUUUGUUUGAAAGUAAAACGCAAUUAUGUAUAAAGGUUAUCUUACUAUUGCGUUUCUCCUCGUAUGUCACUGUUUAUCAAUUUCAAAUGGGAAUGAAUGUGAUUUUAUUUGUAAUAUUGAUGGAUGUAAAACACCAGAAUACUAUACAAGCAAUAGCAUUUCAUCCAUUGAAUUUUGUACAAGGGAAGAUAUGCCAAGAAAUGUGAAUUUUACAUUACCAGAAAAUAAAAAUGAAAUUUCUGAGUUGCCUGUUGGCUUGGAGAUUAAUUUUAUACCACCAAAAAGAGAAUGCAAAUACGAAAUUGAUUUAUUAGCAAAUGAAUUAGUUAGUGAGACAAAAUGUAUGAGUUAUGAUUUUUUUGAUGCUAAAAUACAUACAACUAAGUGUGCCAUUUGUUUCAUUUCAAAUGACAAUCAGUAUCUGGACAUUGUUGGCAUGAUCUUUUCAUAUAUAUUUACAGCAUGCUAUGCUGUUCGGUUUCAUUUUAAUGAACAUGAAUAUGUUGAGUCUAAGAAAUUUCUAAAAACAGAUUAUGAACGUACAGAAGUCACAUUACCAGAGUUGAGAUGUUCUUAUAAUGUUGUACAUAAUGCUACUAAGAAUAAAAAGCUCCACUUUGAAAUGAACUUUUCAACAUCAAUAGUUUCAAAAGUGUUGUUACAGUUUGGAUUGUUUUAUAUUGUGAAUGGAGAAGAAGUCUGUGAUAAUAUCAUUCAUGAAUGGGACUUUGAUGUUUUGAAGGAGUAUGCUGAGAACAAAUAUUAUAAUUCUAAUACAAGUUUGUUGAGAAGUAGGAACUAUGAAAAAAAUAUAAACUUCAGUAUUGAAGUUUCAAAAUCUUCAAAUUAUUGUUUUCUAAUAGCUUUAAUUGAUGAAAGAUGUACAAAUAAUACUCUGUGGAAUCCACCUAUGGGCAAGUCCAAACCAUGUCAGUGGAUAAAAGAGUGUUACUAUACUCCUAAGUAUGAUAUUGGUCCAACUGAAAUUGGUGCUGACUCCUACUUGUACUGGCCAAUUGGUAUUAUCACAUUAAUUAUGUUUGGAAUACUUGGAAUUGUGUACCUCAUGUAUACCAUACACAUUCAUUGUAUACAGGGAAAGAGGUUCUAUAUAAAUUGUGGCAAAAGUAAUGUCACAAAGAUGGAAUGUAAUCAAUUGAACAUAUGUACCUCGAAAGAUAAGGGGAAGACAUGUGAAAGCAUUAGUACUAUGAAUAGAGAUAUUGUAUUGUUAUAUCCUAAAAGUUCUGAAUCAUUUAUGGCAUUAAUGGGAGAUUUUCGUGAAAUGCUUUCUAGAGUCUGCCAGUGUCCAGUACAUGAUUGGCACAAUGGAACAGAAUGGAAUUAUGUGGCUGAGAUAGGUGCAUCCGAUUGGUUUGCUGAAAUGCUCAAUAAGGGAUACCGUGUUAUUUGGAUAGAUACACCAAUGACGCGAUCAUUAAUUUCACGAAGAUUCAAAUGCAAUUCAUAUACUAAGAAUUCUGAGCAAUUUAACUUUACAGAAGUUGGUGACUUUCGUGACAUGGUAUUCCCUACAAUAUUUAACAUAGCAAAACGUAACAUUGAAAAUUCGAUAUUGGAGCAGCACAAACAUUUUAUUGUAAGAUUAAAAGGAUUUGAAAAUUUUGAAAAUGAAAACGAUCCAUUUAUCGAUUUAUCUGUACAUAUACGAUACCUCAUACCUCAAGAUUUAAAUACAUUGUGUUCAGAUUUGAUAAUGUCAGAUUCAAAUUUAAUUGUACCACUUAUAAGUCAAGAAGAGAAUCUUAUAAAACAACACUUGUAUGAUAUAGAAUUUGAUUUUUAUAAAUAAAUAUUUAAACUUA